AUGAAUCCCUAUGCCCCCUUCAACUCUUGGGUGGACUGGGAAGUUGCACGAUGGGCUAAAUUAUGCGGUCCAACUUCAACUGCAUUUUCGGACUUACUCGGUAUCAAUGGACUCCAUGAAAAGCUUGGUCUUUCUUACAAAAACUCAAGGGAAUUGAACAAGAUAAUCGACAAGCAGCUUCCUGUUCACCCAAAGUUCAGGCGUGAACAAAUUGUCAUUGCAGGCGAGGCCUUCGACAUUUUCUAUAGGGAUGUUAUAGAGUGUGUCAAGGCUUUGUAUGGCGACCCAGAUUUUGCAGAUUUUCUGGUCUUCACACCAGAACACCACUAUGCAGACAAGGAACAAACUUGGGAUACCCAGAAAAAGCUUGAUCAGUGCAAACUGGGUGCUACUAUCAUUCCAAUUAUCAUCUCGAGUGACAAGACUCAAGUGACGAUGUUCAGAAAUAAAACAGCCUACCCUCCCUCUCGCCGUGCCCAUAUUCUUCUUGCUUAUCUUCCUACCACCUCACCGCUGGAGGAAGCUGGUUUAGAUGGUAUUGUUAUGAAAAGUGGCGAUGGUAUCCUGCGUCGUGGUCAUCCCUUAUUUUCUUGUUUCAUUGACAAACUUGGAAGCAUUGCUACACCUUUCGAGAUGCACAACCUUGAUGUUGUCCUUGAUGCAUUGGCUGCAAUUGACUAUGGAGAUAUUGAAUUUGUGUGUACAUGCCGUGAAGCUGGAAUUAAGCCUAUUAUACAUCCAUUCUGGGAGCCCCUACCCUAUACUAACAUCUUCCAAGCUGUCACACCAGAUAUACUCCACCAAUUAUAUCAAGGUCUAAUCAAGCAUCUCCUUGGUUGGCUGGCCGAGGCAUUUGGAGCAGCCAAAAUAGAUGCCAGAUCCAUCAGAGGUUUACUUGACUUCUUGUACCUCGCGCAAUAUCCUUGCCAUAGCUCUGAAACAUUGAGUCUCCUUGUGGAAGCUCUUGAUCUUUUUCAUGACAACAAGCAGAUCUUUGUUGACCAUGGAAUACAAAACAAUUUCAAUCUCCCAAAGCUCCAUGCAGCCCGGCACUAUAUGUUGAUGAUCCAAACUUUUGGCACGACUGCCAAUUAUAAUACAGAAUAUACUGAACACCUUCAUAUUGACUUGGCCAAAGAUGUGUAUCGUGCGAUGAACCACAAAGAUGAGUUUGUCCAAAUGACUCAAUGGCUCAAAUGCAAAGGAAAGAUUCAUCUGAGUGUGAAAGGUGUCCCAAUUCAGAAAUUAGUCAUGGAGUAUGGGGCCACAUACUUUCACGAGGCACUUGCAAAAUAUGUUGCACAACUGCAUCAUCCACAUGAAGCCACCACUCGUCGCUGCCUCGAAGAUCUUGCUGCCACAAUUCACCUUCCAUUCCACACACUUCCCAUGUAUCACAUAGUCAAAUGGCAAUCUGUUGAUGCACAGGGACAUGGUGAUCGGUGUGUCAUGGUGGAUAGCAUGCACAUCAAGCCUCACCAUGUAGCCACCAGUCAAACAGGCACUGAUGUCCCAGCACGAUUUGAUACCAUGCUUAUUAAUGAUGGGACUGGCUGUUCUGUAGGUAUUGAAGGCUACCGUGUGGGUCAGAUUCACGUCAUAUUCUUGAUCCUGAAGAAUUCUAUCCCAAUGAUGUUCCCUACCACAAUCCAGCCUCCCAAACAUCUUGCCUAUGUAGAGUGGUUCACUCGGUUUCCUCUUACACCUGAUUCAAACCAUGGAAUGUUCAAAAGAGUUGCAAGCAUUAUACCUGUCGCAAAUAUCCACUGA